AUGGUCACAUGCAUGUACAUUGUCGGACUAGGCAGAGUAGUAAUUAAUCAUAAACAUUUGGAGAACAGGACAUACGAACAUCAGAAAGAACUGACGAAAAAUGAAAAAUGCAAUUCUAGUAACAUGCUGACUCGUAAACAUAAAGACAUCAGGAAAUCUUUUAAAGAACUGUUCCGACGAACAAAAGAUGACAAAAUAUUCUUUGUUGGGUCUAAGUCAGAUGUCAGGGCUAAAUAUGCAAAAGUCGUCCUUGAAAAUCUAAAUUUCCAAGCUAGAAAUGAGAUAGCCAUGGGGCCAAAAUCAACAUCAUCGUUAUCAUCAUCCAGACUAACCUUAUCAUCAUCAUCAUCAUCAUCAUCACUUCAAGGAUCAUCAUCAUCAUCAACUGCAAUGUCAAAACAAAAAAAUGUGACUAUUGGAAUGUAUCUCGAUGAUGUCGAACCGGAUGGUGACGACGACGAUGAUGGUAGCAAUAAUAAUAAUAAUAAUAAUUCAGUUGUUGAUGACGAUGUUCAAAUGUUAAAUGACGUCAUCAGAUAUAGUAGCAGAAACGACGGAACCGCAGCGGUUCAGGCAGAUCUCGUCGGCAACUGUCCUAACAGCACUAUCAACAUGACUCCUCCCACUGGUUUUGAUAAAAAUAGAAAUGAGGACAUCAUCAUUGUAACUGACUUCAACAACAAUAACUACAACAACAACAAUAAUAAUAAUAAUAAUAGUAGAGUUCUUUUCAAAAGAUUAAAAAGAAAAAAUAAGCAUGAUCUAGAUGAAACAUUUGAUGUCUACAGAGACGAUGAUGAAGACGACGAUGACGACGACGACAGCAGCGAUACUUGCGUCAGUGGCAGCAACAGCAGCUGCAGUAGCAGCUGCAUCAACAUCAGCAAUACCAUUAGAAGAAACCCAAACGACAGUUUCACUGGCAUCAGUACUACUACUACUACUACUACUACUACUACUACUACUACUACUACUACUACUACUACUACUACUACUACUUCUACUAACAUUAAUCAGGCCAAAAACAUCAACAACUACAACAACAACAAUGUCAUUAUCUGUCGUCCCCACGUCAAUGGCAGAAAUGAGAAUAAUAAUAACACACACAAUGCUUACAUGAACAUGCUUUCCCAGAUAACUAGAUGGUGGUGUCGGGAUCUAAGUUUGUUAAAAAUAACGUUUUCAGAAGUAUCAUCAUCGUCAUCAUUACUGCCAUCAUCAUCAUCGUCGUCGUCUGUGAGAUUUCCAAGAGCCAGAAGAAAGAUUAGACUCGAUAAUGGUGGUGGAAAUAACAACAACAACAAUAAUAAUAAUAACAAUAAUAAUAAUGACAAUAACAUUAAUAACAUUAACAAUGACUUUGAUGGUGUUAUUUUGCCACCACCUCCCCAGUUUUCAUCCCCAUUCGUUCGAGUAAAGCCAUUACCAUCAUCAUCAUCACCACCACCACCAUCGUCGUCGUCGUCUUCCUCAUCAUCAUUCGCAUCUGCCACUGAUAGCUUAGUAGUUCAGUAUGAUGACUCUGAUCGCAACAACAGUCACAACAGCAACAAUAAUAAUAAUUCUAAUAAUAGCAAUAAUAAUAACAAUAAUAGCAAUAAUAAUAAUGAUAAUUGCAACGAUAGUUUUAACAAUACUGAGAAUGUAGUGCUACAUCAUCACAUCAUUACCGAUGACGACGUUAAUGUUAGUUCUGUGGACAGAGUCAGAAAAAUCCGUUGGGAUGUAAGCAAAAUCAAUAAUGUCAACAAAAGAAUGAGUUACAACAACAACGACAACAAUGAUUGUAGUAACAUCAGCGAAAGAGUAAGUUACAACAACAACAACAAUAAUAAUAACUUCAACAAGAGGAUGAGUUACAACAACAGCAGUUGUAAUGGUGAUAAUAAUACCAACACAUCACUGAUUGAAACGAGGUUGAGGUCAAGAAAAUUAGCUACAGGUCAUCAACCACAACAACAUCAUCAACAACAACAUCAACCACAACAACAACAACAUCAACAACAACAUCAACCAAAACGACAACAACAACAAACCACACCUAAACCUAACAACAAUAAAACUAGUAUUAACAACAGUUUUAAUAGUAAGAGCAACAACAACAACAUUAACAACAACAACAGCUGCAGUAGUAGUAGUUGCACCACUGGUGAUGUUCUUGAAGUUGAUGGUUGUGGUGACAAUAACGAAAAUGUAAUGUUUAAAACGCCCAACAGAAAAUCGAAACAUCGAUAUGAAAGUUCACUUUUAGAAAACAGAUUCGCCACACCAAGAGCAACUAAAUUUUUGACUAAUCAAAUUUACCUGACAGAAUUAAAUAGCAGAAGAAAUACGGAGCCAAGGAAUAGUACAACAAGUAAUAUAAUUAAUAGUAGUAAUUUUAGUUGUAAAAAGAAGAAAAAUUUUGUUGGCAUGUCAGAUGGGAGGGGCACUCCUGAAUCACCAAUCACAGUUGGCGGCUUACCUGUCUCUCGCAAGAGUGGUCGCCACGUGAUACCGCCCCUGGCAUAUUGGACCAAUCAGAGGGCAGUUAUCGAUCCAAUAACCAAUGAUGUAGUUAUCAAGGAAGGCACCAAAAAUGCCCUCUAUGGCGAUGGCGAAAUUAUGCACUUCAAAUUGGAACUAUCUGAUUAAAAUCACCCAACUCAUUUGAAAUUUCAUUUAGUUUUAUUUCUCUUGUAAAUCUGUCUCCAUGUGUACGCACAUGUAUAUUUUGUUUUUUAAACAUAUAUAUUCACCUGUUUUUUGUCAUUAGAUUUAAUUUGUGCAAACUAUGGCAUAUACAUGAUAUAUAUAUAUUUAUAUAUAA